AUGCCAUUAAGAGCUAUUAAAGGACAAGUGGUAGCAGACUUUAUAGUCGACCACUCCAUAGAUGCAAAUGCACUAAACUAUCUCGAAUUGGGACCUUGGAAGUUAUACUUCAAUGGGUCUAGUCAUAAGGAUGGUACAGGCGUUGGGGUUGUAAUUAUUUCUCCUAAUAAAAUUCCAACAAAAUUCCAGUACAAAUUAGAAGGUACCUUCUCAAAUAAUGAGGCUGAAUAUGAAGCCCUCAUAGCAGGACUUGAAAUGUUGUUGGAAUUAGGGGCAACUCGAGUCAAAAUAAUGGGUGAUUCAGAGUUGGUCAUAAAGCAGAUCACAAAAGAAUAUAGAUGUACUAAGGAGAAUUUAAUUAUGUAUUUCAUAAUCGCCAAUCGACUGUUAAAAAGAUUUGAAAUGGUUUCUAUUCGACACAUACCUCGACUAGAAAAUCAAGUGGCUAACAAUUUAGCCCAGAUUGCAUCCGAGUAUAAAAUUUCAAAAGAAAAUUUGCAUAAAGUCAUUGAAGUCAGAGGAAAGGUCGUAGCAACAGAUUAG